UGUGUUUAGAUAUUUUCCUUCAAAUAAACUUCUUCAAAGAUAUAGAUUGUGAUGAUGACCUUUUAGAACGGUUCAUAGCAAUUGUCAUAAAGAAUAAAGAAUAAAAAUUAAUUCGAGGAAAAUUUGUUACAAGAAAGUAAAAUCAAGAAGAAAUUUUAUUUGUGUCGGAAAGGUGAAGAAAGUGAAAAGUUUAUUUAUCUAUUGUGUAAUAAAAAGAACCAAAAAGAAGCAGAAAAAUGAGAUCAAAAAUUCCAAUGAAACUCAUUUUGAUUGGAUUACUAUCGCAAAUUGAUUUUUCUCAAAGUCGAGCUGUGAAUAUCAGCAACACAUGGACAUUACCGCAACCUGGCUUCAAUGUUUUCUAUCGAUACUUCCGUGACAAAAUAUCAUGGUUUGAAGCUGAUGCCGUUUGUCAAUUCCAUCAUGCGAAUCUUGUGACAGUUCAAAACAUUGAGCAAUUCGACGCUGCUCGUACAUUCUUAAAAGAUCUUGAUAUCUCGGAUUAUGUGUGGAUUGGUUUAAUGCGCCCGACAAAUGCAGAUCAAUUUUCAUGGACGAAUUCAAAACCACUUCCAAUUUCUGAAGGAUAUUGGGCUGAACCUUGGCCAGUUGCUGAAACGCCACUUUGCGCUGUUAUCGAUCCAGCUCGUGACAAUCGUUGGCAUGCAUUGAGAUGCGGUGGACCUGAAACUGCAGCUUUCUUAUGCGAGAUGGAGAUUCCCGAUUGGGCUCUACAUUGUACAGCAAAUUCAGAAAUCACUGUUCAAUAUAUUUCUGAUAGUGGCGCCGUGCAAUUGUCUCGACAAUGCCAAAACUUUACUAAAGAAAUCUCAUGUCAAAGUAAAAUGACACAAAUGGCAAUGUACAACGAAUUGAAAUGUCCUGAAGAACAAACAACAUUCACUUCAACCGAGAGAACUACGGUUGAUGAGUCAACAACAAGAAUUGAAGAAACACAUCCUGUAGUGAUCAUCAAGAACCCUCAAAAGAUGCUUGAAGAUGUUCUCAGUGAUAUUGAGACAAACAUUGAAAUUGAUUCUAAUCGUUUGGAUAUUGCUGAUGUUCGAAGAGAAUUAGUUUUGAUGGUUGGUGAUCAACCGAUUGUCGAAAAUCCUGAAGAAGACAAGAAAGUUUUGUUGAAGAUACCAGAAAAGAAGGAAGUUUACCAAAAGAAGUCAAAAAGUGUCAAGAAAGAAACAAAAAAUAAAGACGACGGUGAGAUGAUGAUGGGUGAUGCACCAGCAGAAGAAGCGCAUGACGAAACUUUAUCAACAGUAAUAACAUCAUCAACGACAGAAAGACAACGACGUGACACAGAAACGACAAUUUCAGUCGACCUGAAAGUUACAACUGAACUGGCUUCAAGCACAGAACUUAACGAGGGAUUGACAGCGGAAGUUACAGAAACAAUCUCAACAGAUUUGUCAACGGAAGCUCCACAGGUUACAACAGUUGUCACUGAAGAAACAACAACGAAGUUUAUUGUUCAAGGUGUUCCUUUAUUUCAUAGUCAAGUUGUUUUUAAGGAUCCCAUUCCACAAAUAGAUGCUGGCAAUGGCACGCUUGAUCGUAAGAAUGUCAGUAAGACUGAAGAUCAUUUCAUUCCACCAAUGCUUCUGGUGAAAGCUCGUUUUACUGUUACAAAGUCAACUGAAGGUUCAACUGAAGAAGCUUCAACAGAACUUCCCACCACUUCUAUUCCAGAGUCAUCAAUUGUUGACAAUCAAUCCAUCACACAAACUACUGAAGAGGAAAAGAAUUUAACAACACCGAAGCCUACCGACUCAAAUGAUAUUUCAACAAAUGAGAUUUCUUCACAAUCUCAGCUUGAAACAACACCAGCUUUGACAUCGAUUGCAAAUGAAAAACCGAUAAAUAUUGAGAAACGACAUGAUCCUCGUAUGGGAUUGCUAAAUUCUGCACAAGUCACAACUCACGUCCCAUCGACAACAGUUCCAAUUGCUUUUAGUUCUACAGAAAUGCUUUCAUCGACAACUGAAGAGCCAACAACAAUGAACACAGAAGAAUUUAGUUCAACAGUCUUUUAUGAUUCUUCAUCAGUAUCAGAAAUCAUUGCUACGGAAAUGAAUGAAAUGUCGAGUGAAUCGUCGUCCACAAUUUCAUCGCCAGAAUCGACAGCAGAAAGAUUGGUUGAGUCUACGACCACUCAAAAAGUGGCAGAAGAAUCAACUCCAAUAGUCUUGGUAUCUGUUACACCAAUUGCACUGAAAGCUUCAGAAGUUUCAACGUCAAUUGAGAUGAACAAACUCACAACACAAAUGGGUAAUGAUAUUGACGGCGGUCAUGAAAUGUCACAUGAAAACUUUGAUGAAAACGGCAGUUAUGAACAUCAUCACCCGGAGAACAAUUUGAACAACGAAGAUUUCGAACCCUACAAGCCAAACCGUCAUCGUUCCAUCAUUAAGUCAGAACAUCAUCACGGUCCUGGUUUCUCGAUUGGAAAGAUUUUGGGAUAAAGUGUUGAAUUAGUCAAAUUAAAUAAAUUUUAAAAGAAUUGUCGCCAAUUUGAAGAGACAGAAAUGUUUUUUAAGCGCGGAAGAAUGAACGCAAAACACCAUUGAAUUAGACAGUAAUUAGCGGCAAGCAUAACCAUGAAAACGAGAGAAAUACAAUUAUCAUUAACAUGCUUUCUUCGUUGCUAUCUUGCUUUGCCGUUUACAGCUUUUCCACCCCUCACAAUUUUCAUUUUUCGUCAUCAUCAUGUACGGUAGAAGGAAACCCCGCGCUUUGUUGUUUAGUAAAUGAAUAAAAAGAGAAAAUCCCUGUGAAAGUUUCAAACAUUUUCCCUUUAAAUAUUUAGACUUGGGGAACUUUUCGUUUAGAUUUGUUUGUGUCAAUUUCUAUUUAAUGGACGUUUACUUUUCUUUUCGUAUCCACAUCGAUUAAAAAAUAUAAAAUUGAAAAGAUGGGUCGACUUUCAGGCUUUACUUUACUUCGAGCAUUUUACCUAAAAACAAAUUCAAAAGAAUUUCACGUCACAAAAAAAGUUCAUCAUUGGGGCAAAUGCAAAACAAGCAAAGAAACAUGUUUAUUUUUCUCAAGUUGUGAAGACCUUUUUGAAGCUCUUUUUUCGACAUUUUGUAUCCUUUUUUAACAUCACUACGCUGAGAGUUGCGAUGAAAAUUAAUAUUAAAAUUUAAUCUCAGUUUUAAUUCGCUUAACGAUGAGUAGCUUUACGAUUUCUUUCAUUUUAUAUUUCUUCAUUCAAUUUCUUUUUCCUGCUGCGUUCCACCUCAUCUUCUUAACGGCAUAGUCAACGAUGAAUUCUUUUUUUGUUAUACACAAUUAACUCUAGAUAUCUGCAGUAUUUAGAUUUAAGAGGAAGACAAAAAAACGAAGUUAAGAUAAACUUUCUAAAUGAACGACAUUUCUCCCAGUUUUCAUCCCAUCCAUUACCAGUCUUGAUACUAAAUUUUAGCUAAUGUAGAUUCAACAAACAAUUGAUAACAGAAGGAGACGACAGAGAGAAAUUUAUUUUCACAAUAUUUCUAACGAUGUCAAAUGCACACUCAUUAAUAAAAGAUGACGAUACUGUAGAUUGGAUUAAAACUUAAAUAAGUAAGAAGAUAAGUAUUUAGAUGUAAAAGAGAAUUCUGUUGUUAAGGAAAAAAAAAGAAUCCGUUGAACGACUUGCUGAAAUUAGCUUAAAAGCUCUCCAUAAAGCCAGAACAUCGAUGAUAUAAUUCAAAGAGAAACGAGAAAUGUCAGGUUAAGAAAAAACAUCUUUGAUAAAUUGAUUUUAUGCCUCUUCCUGUUUACUUGACAUUCAAUUUUUUAUUCUGUUUUUAAAAUAUUUUCUGGUUUUAUAAGAAAUUUUAAGGUAAAAGCGUUCAACCCACAAAACACCACCCAAGAGAUGCAUGAACAACAUUACGAACACAAACUUUUUUCAUCUGUCAUCGAUGUUUGAGGCUGUCGUUCAUUCACGUGACAAAAAAAUUUCUUACAUAAAAAACAUUAAUCAAAGGAGAUGAAGAUAAAAAGUUAAGGAAAUUGAUUUGAUCACAAUCUCUCAUCAAUGCCAAAAAAAAAUUUUUUGAAAUAAAAAAGAAGAAGGGAAAGAUGAAGAAGGCUUUUAAAACUCAAUUAAACAUUAGAUGGAAAUAAUAAUAUUAACUUUUAAGGAACUCAAAAACAAACACUUGCAGUUGAAAUUUCUUACGUGCUUAUCUAAAUGUUAUCUUCAAAUGCUAAGUUGUUGUUGACAUUUUUCCCUUCACUGUCUCCAAGCCUUAAUUCUCAUUUAAGCAGAAGAGAAAUUAAAUUAACCCAUAAUUUAUAUAAUUCAAGGAGAAAGCCACGGCUUUACAAUCUGUGACGAAGGAAGAAGUUUUCCAUUUAUUUUUUUUCUUGUUGACGACGGGGAUAUUUAAUCGCAUCUAAUUUGUUUGGGAUGCGAAGGAAAGGCAGCAACACGAAGAAAAGAAAUUUUUACAUGAAAGUGAAGGGAAAACAAAUUUAAAAAAAGGAGAAAAAAAAACAAACUUUUUCCUCGCUUUCGUUGAUGAUUUUUUCUUCAUUUUUGUUUUUCUUUUCUAAUUUGUAAAUAUCAACAACACUUUCGUAACUAACAUCCUUGCGAAGUUUUAUAAAAAGAGAAAUGAGAAAAUAAACAAUUCGUGCGAAUUCGAAGUUUAUUUAUGCAAAUAAUAUGAAAAUGGUCAAUCAAUUAUUUUAAGUUUUUGGAAUGAUGAAUUAAAGAGAAACAUAAAAUGUUAAAUGUAAUUCAAUAUUUUAAUGAUCAUUUGAUGAAGAAAUAAAGGAAAUUAAACGAACG